GAUCAGAAAGGCAAUCACGAAGCCGGUUACCUCAGUUUACGUUUGCCCAUACUACUCGGUACUCGUGUAUUUAUUUUAACGUAACCUUUACAUAACAAAAAGGUGGCUGUAUAGUUGUUGAUCAUCGUCGUAGGCUGUCCGUGGAGAGUUCCUCAGAAUACCAAAAAUGGGGGGUCUCAAGACCCUCGUUCUUCUGCAACUGGUCUACAUAACCACCUGCAUGGACCAGCUGCACAUAGUCUACGAGUGGAAGCAGUUGGACUACCAGUUCACGACCCCUGAGGCUCGUCAGCAAGCCUUAGACUCCAAGACCUUCAUUCCAGAGAACAACAUCCCCAUGGGCUUGGAGGUGUUCGAGGAUAGACUGUUCAUAACUGUUCCGAGGUGGAGGACUGGGGUGCCUUCUAGUUUGAACUACGUCAAUCUGAAAGAUAACUCAACAACCGCACCAAAGCUAAUUCCAUACCCAAGUUGGGCAGCUCACUCCACGGGGUCGGAUGGGAAACCUCCAGAAAUCAUCUCACCUUUUCGAGUUCGUGCUGACCGCUGCGGCCGCCUCUGGGUCCUCGACAACGGGAAGAUUGGAAACCUAGAGAACAACACCAUCAAGUACCCACCCUCCAUCAUCAUCUACGACCUCAAAACUGACAACCUCAUAAGAAAAUACGUCUUCCCCGAUGACCAAGUCAAAGAGGACUCCGGUUUCGCAAACAUCGCCGUUGAAGACUCAGACUGCGCGAAGACCUACGCCUACGCUGGCGAUGUAGGAAAAGCUGGCAUCGUCGUCUACUCAUUCGAUAAGAACGAGUCCUGGCGCAUCACUCACCACUACUUCCACCCUGACCCAUUGGCCUGCGACUUCAGCGUAAAAGGCCUCAACUUCAACUGGACAGACGCCAUCUUCGGCAUCGGAAUUUCAGCCCCAAAUGCUGACAACUACAGCACUUUAUAUUUCCACCCCAUGGCCAGUUAUAAUGAAUUUUCUGUAUCAACAGAGUACUUGAGAAACCAAUCUAUAGCUGAUGCCAAUUUUGACGCAUUCAAGGUUUUGGGUAAUAGAGGCCCUAACGCACAAUCCAGCGCAUCAUUUUUGGACCCUAAAACUGGGGUCCUCUUUUAUUCUCUUGUUAACCUCAAUGCUGUUGCCUGCUGGAGGACCUCAAACAAAGAGUACAACAUGGUGAAUCAGGGAAGAAUUUACAUGAACGAAGACACGAUGGUGUACCCCACAGACAUCAAGGUAGACUACAACGACAGUGUUUGGAUUCUAUCAAAUCGGCUACCUAUCUGGAUGUACAGCAAAUUGAACCCUAAUGAAGUCAACUUUAGGGUGUUUUCGGCUCCUGUUCUGGAUGCCAUAAGUCACACAGCUUGUGAUGUGACUCCUAGGUCUGAUAUUUUGGAUAAAUAUAAGAAUAAGUUUUUGAAUAUUACAAAUAAGAUUGCCUCAAAGUUCAGGCCAAAUUCUGCGCCGUCGUUAGCUGUGCCAUUUGCUGUGAUCUUAUGCAGUUGGGUAUUGUCUAUGGCUUUAUACUGAGUGUAAAUAACAAACUUUGUGUGCAAAGUAUUAGUGAGGAAUAUAAUUUUGACGUUACCGCUUUAUUUAUUGUGAUCCAAAAGCAGUCUUUCGUUGGUUUUUUCGUACUUAUCGAAUGUUUGUGCCUUUGCAAAAGUGAUAUUGUGUUGUAAGCUGCUUAAUUAAGCAAUCUUGUAUUUCAUUUAUUGUAAAUAUCUUAUUAUAGGCGUAAUUAAUUAAGUUUUAA